UAGAGCGGCUGGCUCGGCUGAGGAGCGCUUGCACAUAUCUGCGGCGCAGGAAUUCAAUAAAGAAGAUGGCAGCUCUGACUUCAAGGAAGAGGAAGCAGGAUUUUUUGAACUGUGACAGCCUUUUGCUCUUCACUGAAAAUCUGUUUCCAUCACCUAAUAAAAAGCAUUGUUUUUAUUAAAACAGUGAUACAAAUGAAGAGAACCUGCUUUCUUCUCAACAAGGGCCUUUUGUUUUAAGUGCAUUCAAAACAUCUGAAAUAAAUAGACGGCCAUCAGCAAAUCAAGGCUCACCAUUUAAAUCUGCUGUGUCCACUGUAUCUUUUUACAACCAAAAUAAGUGGUACCUCAACCCGCUGGAGAGGAAGCUGAUAAAAGAGAGUAGAUCUACUUACCUAAAAAAUCAUGUUGAAGAUAAAUCUUUUCCCAUCGUGACAGAAAAAAUGCAGGGAAAACCAGUCUGCCCCAAGAAGAACAACAAAAAGCCACAGAAGAGUUUAACUGCUAAGUAUCAACCAAGGUAUAGGCACAUCAAGCCUGUAUCAAGGAAUCCUAAAAAUUCCAAGCAAAAUAGAGUAGUCUGUAAGCCAGUUGGGGAGAAAGAGAAUAAUUGUUACUCGGCUGAAAAUAAUCCCAAUGCUCCUCGGGUUCUAAGCCAAAAAAUAAAACCACAAGUUACACUUCAGGGUGGAGCAGCAUUUUUUGUUAGUAGAAAAAAAUCCUCUCUUAGAAAGUGGUCCUCGGAAAAUGAGCCAUCAAUGGGACUCACCGGAAAGAAUAAAUCAGAAUUGAUUGAAGAUUCUGAUGUAGAGACUGUCAGUGAAAAAAAAGCGCUUGAGACAAGGCAAGUGCCAAAGUGCUUGUUCCUAGAAGAGAAAUUGAACAUUGAGCUACUGAAUGUAAGCAGUAAAAAUCAAGAGAAAUUAAUAAAGAACUCAUCAGGUGACAGAGUUUCUUCAAAGGAAUAUGAAGUUGAUAAAAAUAAGCCUUUUCCUUCAGAGGAUUCUCUUGGUGAGAAGACAAUUUCUCCUAAGUCCACUGUCUAUCCAAUCUUCAAUGCAUCUUCAGUCAAUUCAAAAAGAUCUUUUGGUGAAGAACACUCUUCUGUGGGAUCUGUCAACUUCUUGAAACAGACCAAUAUUCAGAAAAAUACUAUUAUCAGAGAUACAAGUAAAAAAGCAAAAGACCAACUCGUCAUUGAUGCUGGUCAGAAACAUUUUGGGGCUACUGUGUGUAAGUCUUGUGGCAUGAUAUAUACUGCCUCCAACCCUGAAGAUGAAAUGCAACAUGUACAGCAUCACCACAGAUUUCUGGAAGGAAUCAAAUAUGUGGGUUGGAAGAAAGAACGUGUAGUAGCAGAGUUUUGGGAUGGGAAAAUCGUGUUGGUUCUGCCACGUGAUCCAAGCUUUGCUAUCAAAAAGGUAGAAGAUGUCCAAGAACUUGUUGAUAAUGAAUUGGGCUUCCAGCAAGUUGUUCCUAAAUGUCCAAACAAAAUAAAAACUUUUCUUUUUAUAUCUGAUGAAAAGAGAGUAGUUGGGUGUUUAAUUGCAGAACCCAUCAAACAGGCCUUUCGUGUCCUCUCUGAACCAACUGGUAUGCAAUCCCCAAACUCUAAAGAAUGUCCUAGGGCUUGGCAAUGUUCAGAUGUACCAGAACCUGCAGUCUGUGGGAUAAGUAGAAUCUGGGUUUUCAGACUGAAGAGAAGAAAGCGCAUUGCAAGACGACUGGUUGAUACUCUCAGGAAUUGCUUCAUGUUUGGCUGUUUUCUCAGCACUGAUGAAAUAGCAUUUUCUGAUCCGACACCAGAUGGCAAGUUAUUUGCAACCAAGUACUGCAACACUCCUAAUUUUCUUGUAUAUAAUUUUAAUAGUUAA